UGCCGGGCUCAGUCGGAAACCAACUGCCGAGCAGUGAGGGACGGUGAACGAGAGCGGACCAGAUGUGUUAGCCGAAGGAUCUUUGAUGCGCUUCCGAGGCCGAUCACCGCUCAGUGCGAGAGGCUGCGAGAUCGCGUCGGACUGCGGAACAAGACCCCGGGAUACUCGUCCGGCAGAAGGCGCCCGGUUCAUCGCGAGAGCGCGGACGGCAAGGAACAUCGCCGUGGAGGACCAGCUAGCUCAGAGGAGAAGGAGCUAGCUUCGCGAGCGAGGGAGAGAGACGGAGAGAGGAGGCGCGGAGAUCGAGGAAGGCGAAGGAAGAGGGAAAGGAGAGACGCGGGGAAGAGCGGAGAUCGAUCCGGAGCUCUGGUUGGAGAGGAUCGGGAGUCGACUGGGUUUACAUCGGAGGGAUUUAAGGAGGAGAGCGCGGUGCGGUGUCAAAGUCUGUGAUAGUAUUUAUUCAAAAGAUUCAACCUAACCGCACCGAGAACCGAACCGUAUCGACAUAGUCGCGAGAAUCGCGCGAACGGGCGCGCGGUUAGACGGACUAGAUAGGCUUUAUAUAUUUAUUUAUAUCUGUGAUAUAACCACGCCGAUAUAUCGAUCCGAAAAGCCGUUCCUCUCGCGCGUAUCCGUUAGCCGUUGACGUUAACACGCUCGGCGGUGCGAAGGAGAGCGAGAGAAGGGAGAAGAGGCGAGAGGCCGAAUAUAUCAGCGUCUUAGAGGUUAGGCCGUUUUGUAUAUACGACUGACUCUUUUUUACAAUUAUCCGAUACCGGUGCCGAGUCGAGGCUCGGGCGAAGAGUCCAUUUUGCCGAGACCAGUCGAAUAGACCUGCCUUUCGCGGGAGAGAAGACUCGCCCGGAUUUAUUUCGGCGGAUACGAUUUUUCUGUGCCGUCAAGAUGGUCGAGAAGAUUCUGGAGGAACGCGAGGACGGACUUCAGGACGUCACGAGGGGGGAUGGAGGCUGCAGGGACGUGACCUCGAUGGGGGAGUCGAUGAGCGCCGUCCAGGCCCGCCAGGAAGAGGCCAGACGUAAAAGACGCAGGAAGAAGCGCUCCGGCUCGUCCCUGGUGUCGUCCUGCUUCCAAGAUCUGUACAAGUUGACCGGAGAGGUUCUCGGCGAAGGGGCGUACGCCUCUGUGCAGACUUGCGCCUCUCUGUACACGGAUCUGGAGUACGCCGUCAAGAUCAUCGACAAGAUCCCCGGACACGCCAGGGCCAGAGUCUUCAAGGAGGUCGAGACCUUCCACCACUGUCAGGGCCAUCCUAACAUCAUCCAGCUGAUCGAGUUCUUCGAGGACGAGGAGAGGUUCUACCUCGUCUUCGAGAAGGUGAACGGUGGACAACUCUUGACCAAGAUCCAGGAACGCGUCCACUUCAGCGAGAGGGAGGCCAGUCAAAUCGUCCGGGAAAUCGCGAGCGCGCUCAAUUUCCUUCACAAGAAAGGGAUCGCUCACAGGGACCUGAAGCCGGAGAACAUCCUCUGCGUGUAUCCCGACAAGCUGACGCCGAUCAAGAUCUGCGACUUCGACCUCGGCUCGGGGAUAAAGUUCAACAACUCGUAUUCCAGCCCUCUGGCGACCCCGCAGUUGUUAACCCCGGUCGGCAGCGCCGAGUUUAUGGCGCCGGAAGUCGUGGAGGCUUUCAUCGGCGAGGCCAACUAUUACGAUAAGCGUUGCGACCUCUGGAGUCUCGGCGUUAUCAUGUACAUACUGCUCUGCGGAUAUCCGCCGUUCUACGGAAAGUGCGGGACCGACUGCGGCUGGGAACGCGGGGAGAAUUGCCAGGCUUGUCAGGAGCUGCUCUUCACCAGCAUCCAGGAAGGCAGAUACGAGUUCCCGGACCGGGACUGGAGGUGCAUUUCCGAGGACGCCAAGGACCUCAUCAGGGGCCUCCUCGUCAAGGAAGCUCAUCGAAGACUCAGCGCCGAGUGCGUCAUGAAACAUCCCUGGGUCAAUCCUGACAACGUCCCCAACGACUCCGGGGACAGGUCCCUUACGACUCCUCAGAUCAUCAGAAGGAAUAACUCCGCCAGGGAACUUUCUGCCUUCGCGGAGUCCGCGAUGGCGGUGAACCGCGUGGUGCUGCAGCACUUCUCGAUGAACCUGGAGGACCUUGCGGAAAAUCGGGAGCCUCGCUUGUCGACGUCCUCCACCGACGAGGACAACCAUCCUUACGGACACAUGUCCGACUCGAGCAGCGAGCUCUCCGAGCACGGCAAGCAUUGCGCGACUCACUCCUCGAGCGAGUUCGACGCAAUCUCGAGACCGAAGUCCUGCUCGGUGAGGUCCAGCAUCGACCUGUCCGACCCGAAGAUCAUCGGGAAGAACCGGAUGACGAGCAAGGAGUCCAUGAGCCUCCUCUUCGGCCUCUCUCCGCCGAGCGAGAGCAGGCUGAUGCAGCGUCGGCUCAAGGCUCGUUCUCAUCUCCUGGAGCGACAAGCUGGGGCCAUCGUCGCCUCCCCGAGUGGCUGAAGGUCCUGGCCUCUUCGAUAUCCUGGCACGUCUUCCCUUCCGAUGGCUCGUCCGCGGCUGCCGAGAAUGGGAUGUUCGACUUGUAUAGAUUUAAGUCUUAAGGGCGUUGCGUAUGACCGAGGCGCGUGGAACGUGUGAAAGGAUGCAUGUAUGUAGGAUACUCCGUUUGUAUGCGCGAAGAUUCACCACCGAGUGAGAGCAAGUCGCCUCGUCGACGUCGUCGGCGUUAACAGCGUUAAGGCGGCAUCAAAGUGGUAUCCGGGAAGUCAAUUGUUUAUGAAACUUUUCUGCGACCCGGGUGUACCGAAUCGUUUGGCAAUUUAUCGCGCGAGCAUGGAGGCCCUAGGGAAGGUCCUCGACACUUGGCGAAAUCUCAUUUUUUUUCUAUUAGAAAUGUAUAAUGUCCGUUGAAUUUAAAAGGAAAUUAAAUUUCAUGGGGGUCGGGACCUUUCUUAGGGCCUACUUAUUUGCUUGGCAGAAUUUCAGGCGAUUCGGUGUAAGCAGUUCGGUGAAAAGUCUUAUGGAACGGCGCUUUCGUGUCGCCUUAAGAGGGUUUUCGGCGUCGUCGGCUUGCUCUCCCGUUUUUCCGAUUGUAUGCGAGCAUCUCGCCGGAAAGACGCGAAAUGUAUAGAAUUAAGUCCUAAGAAUUGUCCGUGACACCUGGAGCGAGUGUGAGAAAAUGGUGCGUGAGUGGGUGUACGAGGGAAACGGUGUGUAUGCGCGUGGAGGUGACCGAGCUCUCCUUCUCGAAAUUCGAAGAUCAUCGGGAGAUUCGUUGAGAUUUUCUCGAAUGGAUUCCCCGGCUCGUCACCACGGAGCCGAUCCGCGAGUCCCCUUUUGUCUCUUGGGAUGACAAGAGACUCCUUUUAACGACCAAACCCUUGAGAAAUGUCCCGAGGUUUUCGAUCGCGGUGGACAUUUCAAAGGUUCGAGAAGGAGCGAGGGUGCAUGCGAGUCGGGUAAAAUUUAAAAUUAAGUCUUAAGAGAUCGCGUGGCUGGGUGAUAUCGAGCUCGAGAUCGAUGUCGCGAGCCAUGUGAUAAAUCGAGCGGGGCUGCACAAUGCCUGGGCAGGGUGUAACAAAUUAAUUCGAGCAAGAUUUAUCACAUUGUUCGCGGUGGAUACGCAAGAUAGCGUGCACGGGGAGCGAAUGAGAGUGCGAGAUUCAGUCGGAAGCGAUGUGUCGAUUUCGAAUUGAUGAAGCAUCCACUCUUGUCGUGGCUUUUCGUCGCAUUGCUGCAAGCGACCGCCUUCUGGAACCAGAUGGCCGUACCUUAUACUUGUUUAUUAGUCCGCAGUAAACAAUACGUUUAACAGUUGCAUCUGCAUACGACCGCUCCAUCAGCUUCGCUGGGAAAAAAUGCGAAAGUUGACUUUCGCGGAAUCUCUCGUGUUGUAAGAUGUGCCGAAUCGGCCGUCGAGCUUCGAUUUUGCGAAUUUCGGCGGUUGAGUUGGCUCUCGUAUCAUCAGAAAUAUACAGUCCGUCGCGUUAAUACGUGGACGAUUCCGUGAAACAUUUUUUGCCGCUUAUUGUUAAACCCUGGGAAUUAAUUCCAUUAAUUCUCCGGAGAUGUAGAACGAGAACAUGGGCGGAAAUGAAAGUAGCGCCGACGUAUGAGGCUUCGGUCGUACCCUGGGGGGCAUUGAUGACUUUCCAUCCUGCCCUGGGGACGUCGUAUCUCCAGGAGUGGCAUUAAUGCCCGCCACUGUACACGUUAACUUGCGGUCGAUGCGGAUUUGCUUCCAGGGUCCGAGUUGAACACGAUGGAGUAGGUUUGAAGAAAGGAUAGAAGCUGGCCAUCGAUUCUUGCUCGGCCCUUGGAGACCCAAUCUUGAGGCACAUCGAGACAUCCGGUUGUGCCGAAGAAAGCGUCCGAGUUUUUUUUUAUUCGGUCUACGAUCAAUCGCGAGUGCUUGGUAGCGCUUCGAAUUCCUAGUUCUCCAUCGACUCGGCGAGAGGGUUAAGCGAUGUUAUUAAGGGACCUGUUUGACAUUCUGGACGAACUUAUGGAGACGGAGAAUUUCAGAAACUACUCCGGAAGCAUUGGCGGACAUAAAUGUCUUCUCGUCACAUCCUGGCAGCGCCAUGUCUGCAGGGGACGCGUUAAUGUCCGCCAUUGUGCAUUUAGGAACUUUGUCUAGCUUUUCAGCUGCUUGUAAUGGGAUCUUGAGCGGGAUAAAAAAAGUGCGUCUUUUGUCCAACGGGUCCCUGAUGAGUGCCCCUAAUGAGAAGCUUGAAAUUCGGGCAGUCGUUCUCUUCGGGAACGUCUUCAUGGUCGCGUAAAAAGAGAUAGGUGGUUUCCUUGGCGGAGGCACGAGGGUGCAUUGUGUAGUUUGCUCAUUAGGGUAGUAAGGACUAGGUCGUAAGGUUUAUUUUGUAUAACUGAUCGGCGAUGGAGGAUUUACCGCGAAUGCGUCACCGCAAAGGAGACUUUAGUCUUCUUUAGGAGUCUUAAGCUUCUUCCUAGGUCUUAAGCGAUGGAAGCCGGAGAAGAGGGAGAGAAUGGGAGGGAGCGAAUGGGAGGGAGAGAAAGAGAAAGGAAGCAUUUCGGAGAUGAAUACCGGGAAUUAUUUGUACCUGUAUCAUACACGAAGAGAGAAAACUGUAUAAUUAGAGACGACGGAGGUAAAAGUUAGGAGGUACCGAGGGGCGGUCUUGGGGGAGCGAAGCGACCCGAGGAUUUGCUCACUCUCUCUCUCUAAGGGGAUUACACGGAUACUUUUAACGAGUUUACUGUAAAUUAUCUAAUUGUAGAGAGCUUCGACGAUCCAAUACCAUUUUUCUUUCGACCGCCCAUCCGGCAGUGACGAAGGAAAACUGCCACGUCGACGACCCCCUUAAACUUUUCGGCCUCUGAUGAGCGUUCCAUUUUAACCGCACUCCUAAGUACAAUUUUAAAUGUCACUUUCACCUCACCUUAAAGUCUACGGCUUCGAACAUUUCUAAGAGCUCUCGAAGGUGUCGAAAAAUUCGUCUGCGUAGUUUGAUGGAGGACGCCAAUUUCAUGCGCUUUUUUCUGUCUCGCUUCGGGAUUAUUCGUCGUUAUGUACAGGGUUACUUUUUAAGUUCGCCAGUUUUAGACGUCAUCUGAGAAGCCUGCUUUCAAAAUUCACUUGCCUUUCGUAUAUAUACAUAUAUAUAAUUUCUUUUCCUCCACAUUUCACAUCGACGAUGAUCGUUCCAUUUAGACACCUUCGGCGCGUCCCGAAAAAUUGCCCGGGAAUAAUUAUACGGUUGUAUUUGUAUACCGAGAUUCGCUUGUACUGAUAUAUUUUUGCGAGAAAAGAAAAUGGAAAAAGGAAAAAAAAAAAGAAAUGGUACAUCGCGUAACAUGAACUGUAAAGAAGCCUCUCAGGGUUGACGUUUUACGGUCGACGCCGGGGAACGGACUUCACGGGGAAUACACUUUUCUGCCAGAAAUAAACCAGAAAUCUGAAUUGUUCCCUCGAAUUUGGCUGUCGUGCUAUCUCGAAUGGAAAAUACCCUUGCGAACUUUCCAACAAUCGCUGUCGAAUUUAACUCCACAUUUGACAGCCUCGAGGUCCUUUCCCUCACCGGGUCGAUUCCCUUAGAAUGAAAGUAUCUUCGAUCGGUCGUAAGAAAAAUGAAAUAUUUUUACAGUAACGUUGUUUAGCAACUGCGAGUUUAUUUCGCAUAUCGUGGAACGUUUUUCGUGAUACUUGAUCGCAGUUAAAAGAUGGCGUAUCGAAAAAUAAAACGUUUGUUGUUGUUUUUUUUUAUUUUCCUCGUGAUUAUGACGUUUAAACUCUGUUAGUUAGUCUCGUGUUUCGUUAAAAAAAAAAUCGAAGCCAGUGGUCAGCUAAUCGAAGGUGAAUUUCUAUAAUAAAAUGGGAGUAAAAUGGAGUUUGGCAGAGUCGCGAAGCAGUUUUUUCUCGGUCACUGCCCUGGUGGGAGGAUUACUCAGGGCGGCCACGAGUAUAAUCGCGAAGGCCGCGCGAAUAUCCAUUUCGCAUCGCGAAAUAAUUAAUUAAGCGCGGCCGACGAGGGAGCGAAACCGCGAAUGCGAUUCGCGGGGUCGCGUAGGGUUUGCGCGAUAGAUGUGUGACGUCAUCUAGAUGCGACGUCGAAGUGAUAUUUACCGUGGAUCGAAGGGAUCUGGUCAGUCGGCGGUCAGCCCUCGGAGGGUGAGGGUCGCGGUGGUCCCUGCGCGACGCGUUCCCUCUAAACGGCGGCUCCAUGUAUAUCUCGACACGAAAUGUGCGCUAGUUCUCUCGAAAACGUUGCGGGGAUUAACCAGUUAACUGUGUCGACCUAUUUGAAACGUGUGUUUUCAUGACGAGUAUACUCGUCAAACACAGCUAACUGGUUAAAAUCCUGCGGAUUCUAUGAUUUUUGUACCCGCGGGUAUAUUCGGGCUUCUCGAUUCGACGCGAGGACCGGGACCUCCCUUGGCGACGACCAGGACCUUUCCGGAGGUCCCGAGGACCCGAAAUAUCCGAGGAGCUUGUAAAAAGUAAGUGUAAAUAGAGGUAACCACGACACCGAGAGAGAAGCAAUACCUUUAAGUCGCGACCGAACGGAGGUAGAGGUCCAGGAUGAUUCUUAAACGUCGUCCCCUUGGCAAUGCACGAUCUUCAACUCCGUGCGAAAGUAUUUACGAGCGGUACCGAUAACACCUCAUGUAUCUCCCUCGAUAAAUUAUUUAGGAGGGUGGAAAAAAAUUAUUUUUAAAAUUUAUCAGGAAAAAAUGGAGACCCAUACUUAAAAGGUUAAAAUAUCGAAUUGCGAGUAUAGAACAGUAUUCAGGGUUUCAUGCGUCUAGUCUUGGCUUUUUAUUUUUUUAUUGUUUUUAUUUGAGUUAGGACUUUUCAACGAGUAUAUGGAACCUCGGUAGAGUUUAAUACUACUGAUAUAUACAAUUAUUGAUACGUGCAUUCGGUACUUCUCGGAGGUACUUUCGCCCCCGCGAAUCGUGGCUCUCUAUCCUCGACCUCGGACAAGCAUGGAUGGGAUUUCUUUUCACGUUGUAUACAGUCUACGUUUUAUGUAAGACUUGCGGACUGGCAAGGAUGUAGAUUCGAGGAGUAAAGCGACUAUGGAGGAAAUGGCCAUAAUUAAAGAGGCGAAUAAGCGAAUCCUUAAGCGGUGGUCUCCUGGACCACUCCGCGAUAGAGCGAAAGAGGGAGUGUCGUGUAAAACUGCAAAUUGAUAACAACAAAAAAAAAAUGGAAAUAACUAUUAGCCUAUAAGAGAACAGGAAAAGCACUUUCUUGCGUAGCGUUGUAAGGCUUAAAUCUUAAGAUACAACCGCUGCGCGAGCACCGAAACGCCGAUUUUCUUGGGGGGCGAAUUUUUCUCCCUUUCUUUUUUUUCCCUCCAAAAAGGGAAAACGAGAAAAAUGCUGCGACAUUUUCCCCGAGGCUACUUUUAUACCCGCCUCGAAGUGUUACUCGGCGAUUAGCGACCGAGUGACUUUGUCAGCCGGAAAUUAUUCGACCGUGUUUAUUAUGGGUUUUUGGGUUUUUAAACAUUUCCAACGCGAGAGCCUGCGCCUCGUCGAUCUUUCGCUUUUUUGGGAUCACUCUUCCUGAUCGAUCGUUAAGGGCGCCUUCGGAUACGUCGGCGAAUUCUCCCCCCUUUUUUUAAUCCCGGAAUAUUUAUCGUAUCAUUUUCAAAUCGAGCUGUGUCCACUCAUGGAAAUGUUAUUAAUUAUACGGGAUAGAUUUACUCAGCGCCGCGGUAGAAUUUUUAAAAAACGAUGUUCAUCGAAUUCCAGAGUCGACAUCUCGUUGGGCCCUUUGACAAUUGUCAAGAUAUUUUACAAUCAACAUAUCGAGCGAGCGCGAGGGCGCAGGUAUCGCUGAAUAAAAAAAAGAAAAGAAAAGAUGAAAAAAAAAAUCGAAAAGCACGUGUCAGGCUUUUGGCGAUUAGACGCGUGCUUGAAGAAAGUCGCGUUUUGGUAGAACGCAGCGAAGCUAUACGAGCGCGUAUAUAUUAUACAUAUAUGUACACCUACAUAUAUAUGUAUAUGUCUCUUUCUUUCUUACACCCGCGUAUUACUUUCCAGAGGAGGGUAUGGGAGUCGAUUGUCGAAAGAAUGAAAGAAAAUCUGGAGAAUUGGGAAGGAAGCUUUCAGACCUCGGGAAUAAUUUUGGCGCGCGGAUUUCUUUACGCGCACGACGUGCUGGGAGGAAUAAAUUUUUCGACCUCUUUUUUUCUUAGGUGCGCGUGCAUGCGUGAGUGGAAAGUGAGAGAGAGAAGCGUAGACGUGCGUGAGCCAGCGGAUGAAAGAGAGCGCGAGGUUCGAGGAGACUUUUUUGAGAAACGAUAUCAGAGAUUUCGAGAGAAUCUCGCGCGAUAGCGAUAGGAUAGUACCGAGGCCACAUUGUCCUCGUACCGAGUCUGCCAAGUAAUAUACGGGUACGAGAGGGAGGGUAACUCUUUCGUGACUCUUCUUCUUUCUUUUUUAAAGGGCAAGCAAUUGCAAUGAGCGAGGAAAAGGAAUUAAAAAGAAAAAGAAAAAAAAAUAAGCAAAGAAAAUGGGCGGUGAUUCGUACGAUCGGGCGCGCUGUUUCUCUCUUUUUAUAUCUCUUCUUUUUAUCCAAUCGAAAGCGGGGAGGGAAAAGGAUUUCUUCGUCGCCCCGAUCGUUGGGAUCACUUUUGUAUCCAUUACUCGUGUCAAUUGCUCUGGAAGCGGGGAUAUAAGUUACUCUCUCCGUACGUUUGCACUUUCCCAGCGAUUGUUACUCAGCUGAUUUAUUAAUUGGCCGCACGCUUUGAUUAUUUGUUAACCGGUAUGCGAACAUGAAUCCGCCGUGUACGUAAUGAACAAUUGGGAUGUGCGACGAGUUAAUAAAUUCCUAUGGAUUCGAAGGUAAUGGCCGAUUAUUAUAUUUCUUAUUGGUAGAUCGAAGAGUGGGAAAAAUAGUGUAUCCCUUCUCAGGUUGGCGCCAUUUGAUAUAUAUUUCCCGUUCGCGAAACUGGAGUUUAUCAUUCGCGAAAAGACGCGGUUGGGUCUCACGCCAAAUACACUCCACGGUCCUGGUAGCACGUCUCGAAAUUCCGAGCUUUACCUCUCUCUUCGCCGUUGGCUCAACUGUAAUUCCUUUUUUCUUCUUCCGUUUUUUUUUUAGAAAAAAAAACCCUGACAAUAGAGCCACUUUCGUUUCCUGGACGCGUCUCUCCCGGGAUGCUCGAUUUCUCGCGGAUUCCAAGUUUCGCAAAUUUCGGGCGAAUUUGCACGUACGAGGGGCAGAGUAGAGUCUGUAAAUAAGAAGGUGGAGAAACUGGCGUCGAAAAUUGUGAAAUCGUUCGAGGCCGCAAUUAACGACUUUGAGGAAGAUCAUUGUUCUUCUUUAACAUCCGAUCACUCGGAGAGCCCGAGUCUCUUUUCGUGAGGGAUGCAUUACUUUCGCGAGUAUCGAUCCUAAGGUUGAUUUCGAUUUUCUUUUUUUUCUUACUUAGUCCUUUUCCAGGAUCGAGCGAUUUCGCGAAAGGGGGUAGAAGAGAUGAAGGGAACUUUCAACCCGUUGCAGAAAGAGAUCUCUUUCUGCGUCUAGCCUUAGAGACGCGAGGGAAGCGCACGAAGGAGGGGAGUGUACAUAACAAAGAUCUACCUACUAGUUUAUAGUGCCUAUAUGAUAAGAGUGAUAGUAUACCGUAGAAAUGCCCUCCCCCGUCCCGUCCUUCUUCGUUCUGCUCUGGAAGUUAUCCCCCCCCCCAAAAAAAAAGGUACAUAAAGAAAAGGAAAAAAAAACGAACUCGCCGUGAAAGAAAAGUGCGGACAAAAAAAAGGCCAAAAAUAUUUUUUAUUUUUCAUAUACCCGUAGCGCGGAUCAUGGACUACGUAUGUACAUAUAUAUAUAUACACGUUCACCCGCAUACACAAAUCUAUAUAUAUAUAUAAAUAUAUUUAUAUAGAUAUAAAUAUAUAUUUUUGACGCGGCUGUCGAGCUUGUGUGUGGAGGGAACGGGAACGAUCGCUGUAUGACGAUGUCGACUCCUUUACGGAAAAUCGCUCGUUUUGUCUUUCCCUUCUGUGUGAAUUCUUAUUCGUAGUACUAGUACGCUUUGUAUGCCCGGGGUCGUUUUUUGCGAGGAUCCUGUCCCAGCGAACGACGUUUGCCCGAUGUACUUGCGCCAAGUGUCACGGAUCGCCCAUUACGCGCCGAGAAAAAUCAGUCCUUAGAAGUCUGUUGAAAUAAUUUGAGAAAAAAUGCUUUUGUCGAUCGAGUGGAAAUUUUUCCCCAGAAUUCUUUGCAGCGAUUUUAGGAGGUGCGAUGCGAGCGAGAUGAGAUUUUUCGAAAUUGUCGAUAGGCGAUCCGUCAAAAUUGUGGCUAGGCCGAGUUUAGGCGUCCUCGUUGAUUUAAUUUUUGCGCGGCGCGUUUGCCUAGCGAAACAUAUACACGUUGAGACUGGAUUGCGAACGUACAAAACAGAACUUUAUUAUACCUAAUGAUAAUGAUAUGAGAUUUAUCGGGAGCUGUGAGACCAGAGGCGAGAGAGAGGCUGUGCCUCGUGCAUUCGAAGUAUCGUGAUGGUUACCAUUUUCGGGGAGAGAGAGAGAGAUAUAUGUAUGUAUGAAAUGAAAGAUCUAUGGUUAAGAUUUAAGGGAGAGAUUCUUUAUGGACCAUCGAUGCUGUCAAAUCCACGUGCACUGGGUGUAGUGAUAUUUAAGGAGGAGCCCCAUUUUUUCUUCCAAGAUUCUUUACGGUUUUUCAUCGUAAUUGGAGGGCACUCUCUUUAUCCGACGUCUCGAUCUGCGAGGGAGGUUAUUUCGAUUGUUUAAUUAUUCUGAAAAUUACGUCUGGCCAUUUGUAUAAAGUGGAAAAAAUUGCGGUGGUCUCUGUGAUCAUCUGUUCGUGAUACUAACACGGCUUGACCGUCGUUAAUGGCUAAUGCUAAUUAAUGUUGGGAUUAUUUAGGAAGGGGCGACAUUCUUCGGGGGAUUUUUCAAGAUUUUAAGAAUUACGGAGGGGAAUUUCAUUUUGAAUUUAAUUUUUUAAUGAUUUUAGAGUCGCUCGUUGUCGAGACGUCGAAUGGGAGGACGCUGGGGUGCAUCGGACGAAACUUUAUUGCGAAUAAGAAUUUAAUAAGUCUACGAUAAUCUACGUUAAUUAUAUGAUAACUAUUAUCGUCGAGAGGUUUGCAACCGUCCCUCUACGACUCCUAGAAUUCGUUGGCUCUCAUAGAUCUUUAUGCGCGUGCAAUUACUGCGUGUACAAUUAUCGUGUGCGUCAUGAACGAGGAGUGGUUAACUCCUUUGAUCUCGUUACGGUUAAUACUGGACAGGGUGUAAUAUUAUUGCAAUUUUUCGCCAAUUUUUUAACUUGUAUAAAUUCAUCGCCGGCCAUUAAAAUCGUAACAUUUGAAAACAGUGAUAAUAAAUACACUAAAUUAUGAGAAUUUCUAGUUUUUUCAGCAUCGGAUGAAAUUUUAAUACUCAUACAUGCGGAUUUGGAUUUCGAUGUCGAUUUUUUAUCAUUCUUGAUAUUGCCAUUUUAAUGUCCGCCGGUGUCAGGUCAUUAACUAAUUAAUUAAUUGCAUUGAGAUUAUGGUCUGUCCAGAGCUGGAUCAUUUUUUCCGAGGUCCUAGACCUCGGGAGGAAUUUUUCGGCGAAUAUGAGUGUUUCGAAUAUCGAAAAAAGAAAUGAAAUACGACACGGUAGCCAGCAAAUUGGUACCUGGGGGGGCGCAACUGUUAUAUCGAGAUGUUGACAAUUUGUAUUUAUUUUGUAAUAUCGUACUAAUCCGCGCCGUGUAUAUCGAGAGUUGACGUCCUCGAAGAGUCGUCGUGUAACAAUUGUACACCGAGACGUUAAUUUUUGGCUUCGUCGUCAGAAGAAAAAAAGAAAAGAGGAAAGAAAGAAAGAAAAAAGAUCGCGCCUUUUUAUCAGACAGAAAAAUCCGAUCCCGAGAACGUUCGUUUAACUUUUUCUUUUUUUCUUUUCAUCGACCGAUUAGGAGCUCGCGAUUUAAUCCUAAGGCGAGCCGUGUGAUAUCGAGGGAAACAACGAAAAUCGUUGGAAGAGAUUUUCUUUAUUUUCUUUACCUUUCUUUUUACUUUUUCUUUGCCUUUUUUUCUCAGUCGUUUAUGUACAGCCUAAGUUAGGUUGCGCUUCGUGGCGAAUUGUGUAAUUUUAUUUCCGUCUAAGAGAGAAUCCGUCAGGAAUGGCGAUACAGGAUUAUUUUUCACUCCGAGAAAUUUCAGUUUGAAGAAAUUAACGAAAGAAAAAAAAAAAAGAAUAAAUAAACAAGAAACGAGACCCCAGCUUCAGGAAUUUCGGGUCUGGAAGUUUACGAGAGCCACUUCUCGCUCUUCGUUCCAAUCUGGGGUUUCGUUGUUUCUUUUUUUGACCCGAUAAAAUUGAGAAGAGAAAAAUCAACAAGAGAAGAAACGAAGCUCCAAUGCCAGGAAUGUUGAAUUCGCAAAUCUUGCCUUUUAACUCCUCCGUGGAGUUUCGUUGUUUUUCUCGAGUUGAAAAAAAAAAAUGGAAAAAAGAAAAGAAACUUUAAAAAAUCCUUUUGCAGUAUACGAAUUUCGCCAAAUACACGUUUUAUUUGUCGUAAAUGAGAGUGUAUCGAUAGGUAUGUCCCACUGUACGCCCUUUCGUCUUGCUUUCCCUUAAAUAGCGUCCAGGGCCGGCGAGAAAGAGAGAGAUCCGCGCAUUUCCUUCGACAAGCGACUUUUCCGCUUUUCCGAGCGAACGAGACAGGGGAGAGAUUUCAUUUGGUAAUGAUUAAGAGUUAAGCGAGUUAUAAAAUUGCGAGAAAAUAUCGAAAAAAGAAAAAUACAGUACAUACAUACACACACACCUCAUACACAUUGCGAAGAGAGGGGGCGCGCGAAAGUAGCGGCUUUUGCGAGGGAGAAAAAAAAAAGAAAUCGCAGCGGAAAAGGGAGAGAAAGAAAA